AUGCAUGAUGAUGGAACGAUUUUAAAUUUUUGUAAUCAUUUUUGGGGUAAAGAUGAGCGAGGGGUAGAUGUUCUAUUUGGUCGAAUGAAUGAAGCAAAGAAUAUUUGCGAGGAGAUAAGAAUGUUUUAUAAAGAUUGGGCAACAAUAGAAGAAGAAUAUGCGCGAAGAUUACGCCGUUUAGUUAGAGGAACAUUAGGAUCUCAUGAAAUUGGAACGAUGCGUGAAAGUUUUGAUAUUUUACAAAAAGAAACAGAAACUAUUGCAAAACAACAUUCCAAUGUUGCUCUUCAGAUUCGUGGAGAAUUAGAAGAGCCAUUACAUGCAUUUUCCACCGAUAUGCGUACAAAUCGAAAAACGAUUCAAUCAAAUUUAGAGAAACUUCGUAGGAUAAAAAUAGCACAGGAGAAUCAAGUUCAGAAGUGUAAGGAAAAAAUAGAGGAUAAAAGUGGCAAAUCGAGUGGACAGACGUCUCAAUUGAGUUUAUUUUUAGGAAAAAGUUCGGAGAAAAAUAAUCAAAAGGUGGAUAAAUCACAAAUAAUGGCUCAAAAUAACAAUGAUUAUUUAUUGGCUAUUACUGUACUUCAGGAAACAUCUAUUAAAUGGAUUCGAGAAUGGAAAAUUGCAUGUGAUAAAUUUCAGGAUCUUGAGGAAAGGCGUCUCAAUUUUAUUAAAUCUAGUUUAUGGACAUUUUCUGGGAUUAUAUCGGAAACGUGUUCAUGCCAAAAAAUUCGUGAAUCAAUUAAAAAUUGUAAUACUCAAAAUGAUAUACAACUGUUUAUCCGAACCAAGGGAACGGGUCAAGAGAUUCCAAAUCCACCUAAAUCUAAAGACCCGAAUAAUAUUAGGUUUGAAGAUUUAAAUGACCCGACAUGUUCCAUAGCUCAAUUUUCUCGAGUUAGCGAUCCUCAAUUUCAUUCUGAUGUUAUUAUGCAACGCUCUAUAUUUAAUGAAAAUAGUGCCUAUAUAUCUCCUAAAAUUUCUUCAUAUGUUUCAGAUAGUCAGCCAGAACCGUCUUCAAAGACAGAUUCUAAUAAAGUUCCUUUUGAUGGUAUUACUCAACUUUGUAAAAAUGGUACCUUAUUGGAUUCUUCAAAUACUAAAGGAUUCUCGCCUAGUACUUCAGCGUAUCCACAUAAUAGUGAGACACAAGCAGGUUCUCCAUCAUUCAAUUAUAAGAAUCAUGAUGAAAAAGUUUCACCAAUAGCUUCUAAAAUUAAAAAAAAUGAUAGAAAUUCUUUUAAUAAUAAUGAUAAAGGAUUAGGCUAUCUAUCUAUGGAAGAAACCACCAAUGAAAUAAAUCAAGCUGGAUACCGAUCUACUAUUUCAUAUAAAAAUUCUAGCAUUAAAAAGAAUUAUGAUACAGCUAAAUCUCCAUUAUUUGAAAGACUUAAAGGCAUGGGUGUGGUUAGUGAUCCCGAAAUUGAAUCAAUUGAUCCGCGUGCUAACGUAAUGUUAAAUGUGGGAAAUAAUUUAUUUAAAGUAGAAACAAAUGAAAGAAAGAAAAGGCCAGAUAUACAUAGUCCUGAAGAUCCAAUUGUGACAGCUCUUAAUCAAUUUAAGGUUUCUUCUAAAACAUCGCCAAAAAGAGAACCAAGAGUUUCAUGGCAUGAUCCUAUUGAUGAUAAUGACAUUCGAGAUCCUGAAAUUAUGGAUAGAAGACAUUGUUUCCCUAUUGAACCGCAAAAACCUCCUUCAAAUAUUCGUUCAUCUAUACCAAUACCUCAAAAACCGGCUUUGUCUAUACCUAAUAGAUUUGUUAAGUUAGAUCCUCUUAGUUCAUCUCCUUCCUCUAUGACAGCAACAAAAAUAAAACAUAUGAGUCAUGCAUAUACUAAACAGGCAAAUGAUAUUUAUAGUACAUCAGAAAAGGAUAUAUAUUAUCCACAAUAUCGUACAAUGCCAAUGAAUAAUAAUGGCAUCUGUUAUGGUCAAGUUCAGGAAAAUAUGUUUUCAGAAAAAGAAAUAAUGCCAAUGGCUAGAGGAAAGAAUCACAAUACAGGACUUUGUUCUCCAGAAAAUAUGCGACUACCUGUAGCUUCUGAAAAGCCAUAUAUGGAUUAUAGACGUGCUUUACGAGCAUCAAGUCCCCAGCUAGAAUAUCGAACUAUUUCUCCGGAAAACGAUUAUCCUAGAUCAGGAUCACGUUCUCCAAUUGUUUAUAAAUCUACUCCUCCUGGUGCAUAUCCAUCAAGAAUUGGAAGACCUAUGGAAUCGUUUCAGGAUGAUAGUAUAUCGCGUCCAUUAACUUUUCGUCCUACUACAGAAAAUCCUGAUCACUUUUAUAAUCGUGUUUCAAGACGACAGCCUCCUGUAUCAUCACCUUUUGAUAUUUCAUUGGAUGCUGAUGGCAAUUUAAUAAAUAAAUAUUCUAGAGCGAGAAGUGCUUCACCUUGUCCUAGUAGUUAUAGAGCGAUAUCUAGAAGUAAAUAUAAUAUGCAUACGGAACAUAUACCAUAUAGCACAUCAAUCCCUAGUGGAUAUAGAGAUUAUUAUAAUAAUGAUGCACGGAUGUUUAACGCUCCAUUAUCUCACAAUGAUAGAAAAAUGCAUAUGAAUAAUGGUUUAUCCCCUUCACAAUAUACCGAUGAUGGAAAAAGAAUAUUGUUUUAUGUUCGUGCAUUGUAUGAUUACAUGGCUACCAUUCCUGAAGAAAUAAGCUUUGUUAAAAAUGAUAUUCUUUUAGUAUUGGAUAUGCAAGAAGAUGGAUGGUGGGAAGGCGAAGUUUUAAAUUCGAAAAAAUCUAAACGCGGCUUAUUUCCUAGUAAUUUUGUUCAACGUACUACACUUAUUUCAUAA